AUGGCUCUUUCUGCCGCGACACUUCGUCUCCUGAUCGUCAUCUUCGUCGCCCUGGGCAGCACCACCUACGGCUAUUGUGCCUCCAUUAUCAGCACGACCCUCGCGCAGCCCUCGUUCAUUGCGUACUUUGAACUUGAUACCCGAUCCAAUGCCACCGACCUGACCGGGUCAAUCUUUGGCCUCUUCCAGACCGGUGGCUUCUUCGGCACGCUUUCAUGUCUGAAGUCGGCCGACUGGUUGGGGAGACGCAAGGCGCUCUUCAUCGCCAGUCUCGUCACUACCGUGGGCGGAGGUCUUCAGGCCGGUAGCGUGAACAUUGGGAUGUACAUCUUUUCACGCUUCCUCACUGGCGUUGGCAUCGGCGCUCUCGUCACGCUUGUGCCUCUUUACCAGAGCGAGAUUGCUCCCCCGAAGAUUCGAGGCUUCCUUGUCGCUAUGCACGGCGUGAUGCUGUGCGUUGGUUACUCAGCGGCGAGCUGGGUCGGCCUAGGAUUCUAUUUCGUCAACGCUGGCGGCGCACAAUGGAGACUCCCUCUCGCGAUCCAGGCGCUGUGGCCUGCCAUUCUGGCCUGCGGUGUCUUGUUCCUGCCAGAAUCUCCUCGAUGGCUGCUUGAUCACGACCGAUAUGAAGAGGCUUAUGAGUCCUUCAAACGCGUCCGCGCCGAGUCAUCCGAUGCCUUCUUGAACGACGAGGCAGCGCUGAAAGCCGACUUUGCCAUCCUCCGCGAACAGAUUAUCUUUGAGAAACAACAACAGUUGUCCUUCUGGGAUCUGUUCCGCCUCCCCCAUUACCGAAAGAGGCUUAUCGUCGGUUUCAUCACCAUGGUCGCUCCUCAGGUCACGGGCACCCAGAUCAUCUACAACUACGGCUCGCAGCUGUAUAAGAGUCUCGGAUUCGAUACUCUCAAGCAGCUCCUUCUGAGUUGCGGAUGGAUUACCUUCUCACCCUUCGGCAACUGGUUCAAUGGUCUAGUGGUGGACAGAGUAGGCCGAGUGAGGAUGCUGCUGAUCGGGAUCGUUGGCUGUGUCUUAUGUCUGGUGGGCGAGGUCAUUACGCUCUCCCAGUUGGACAAGGGACCGAACCGUGCUGCCACCAACGCCGCCGUCUUCUUCCUGUUCUUGUUCGUGGGCUUUUAUGCAAGCUUCAUCGAUGCGACCACCUAUAUCUACGCGUCUGAAAUCUGGCCAACUCCAGUCCGGGCGAAGGGUCUUGCACUGUCCAUCUCGGGCCUAUUCCUCUCGUCUUUGGCUAUUCUCCAAGGCGCUCCAGCCGGCUUCGCCAACAUUGGAUGGCGAUACUACCUGGUCUUCAUCUCUGUCACCUCGGUGAUGGUUGUAUUCAUGUACUUCUACUUCCCGGAGACCAAGAAAUUGAGCUUGGAGGAGAUCGGAGAAAUCUUCGGCGAUGAAGUGGCGCAUGUCGAUGCGAGCACCGCCGCGGCCAUGGGUGAGGAGAAGGGCGUCACCGAGCUGCACAUCGAAACCACCGAUUCGAAACACUAG